UCGAAUUUUGACAUCGUCUAGUACUUGUCCUGUUUGGUCCGCAGGAACUUUGUUUAGUCCGCACGACCCCACCCUGCCAAAAACGGCCACCCCGUGUGUGCCACUGCUUUGCCGCACUCUUCAGGUUCGCGCGGAACACUAGCUGCCGCCGCUGUGGUGCCGCCCGGCCGGGCACGGCGGCGGUGCCCUCUGGCCACGUGGUCCCCCCGCGGGCGCAUUUGCAGCGGAACGCACCCACAGUCGUCGUAGCGGACAAUGCGGGGUUCGUCGAAGGCGACUGGAUGUGCGGCCCGGGCAGUUCGCUCGCAACGUCAGCUGUCGUCGCUGCGGCGCGGCCAAGCCCAGCGCCACUGGCCAGCUGCGGCAUGUGCCGCCGGUGAUUGAAAUCGAUGGCACGCGCUACAUCGCCGCGCCCAUCCAACCCACCACGGCGAUGUCCGCGGUUCGUCCCGGCAACGGACGAGACUUCAAGGCCGGGGAUUGGAAGUGCCCAGCCUGUGGCGAUCAUCAGUUUGAGCGCAACGCGAGCUGUCGCAAGUGUGGCGAACCCAAACCGCUGGCCGGCAACAGCGGUGGCCCCACCAUCCGCGGCCCUGCCGGGGUGCUCCUAGCAGACAUUCAGGCGAGAGCUGCCGUGGCCCCGAGCAGAGGGGGAACGAGCAGCUUCAUGCCGGGCGACUGGAGCUGCCCGGACGGUGGCGACCACCAGUUCGGCCGCAACGAGCACUGCCGGAAGUGUGGCACCGCACGGCCGGACGUGCCCAGCAGGCGCCUGUUCGUGCGGGCAACAACCUAUCGAUGAAGCCUGGCGACUGGUUGUGCCCCAACAAGAGCUGCAACGAUAUGCAGUUCGCGCGGAACGAGCACUGUCGAAAGUGUGGCACGCCCCGCCCGGACAUGGACGACCUCGCCCGGUCGCGGUCCCCCGUGCGGGGAUACUGAGCACGGUCCAUGCCCGAUCCGCAAAAAGCAUUUGCCGCGCCGCAGGGCGGCGCAUGCUGAAUUUCUGCUUAUGAGCCCCCGCCGAUGGUGGGUGAACACAUAAAGAACAAGUAGUAGCUGCCACAUGCCCAGCGAACUCGUGCGAUGAGGCACCACAGAGUCUAGCUUGUUGGCGCUCAAUUCAGGGUGACUCAUCACC